GCAAAUUGAUUAUGAUGUGCUCGACGUAGAAUUGUUUUGCUCGGUACAGGAUUUAGUUCUUGGUCCCCCAAUUUUGACAAGUUUGAUUCCUUCGGAGUAACAAAAUUUUAGAACACACAUGUUGGGCGCUAUGAAAAUUCUCAUUGAUACUCCGCCUUCUGCGCCAAAUCUGGUCUCUACAGUACUUGAGCAACACAUUGAAGCAUAUGGUCAAGCAUCCAAGGAGGAAUCAAGUGUUGACUCACAAGUUGGAGAUGAAGUGGACACCGGGCCCGAAGCAAUAAACAAAGAUGACGGGGGGUCCAACAUUGUGGGAAAAAAUGAAGGUCCUCUUGUAGAAGAUGUUGCUAAUGUCGACAAGUCAGAUUCUACUUUUCAGGAAUUUUAUACCUCAGCUGGAGUAGUCAUUGCAAAGGAUGAUGUUCCAAAAAGUGUUGAAAAAGUGGCAGAUGGAGAUGCUAAGCAAGCAUGCUCACCUAUUUUGAUUGACACCAUCAAAUUAUUUGAGCUAGUCGAUGUUGUCCCGUAUGAGCACCGGGGUUCAAAGAAAAUAGUUCAAGGCAAGUUUGGUAUACUCUUAUAUUUCUACCGCUUUACUUCAUCUGAGAAGCUCCUUGAAGAUUGGUCUACAACUGGACAUCUGUUCUGGUUCAACACGUUCUCACAUGAUCGUAUCGAGGAGAAGUUCUUCACGACGAUGAACAAGGACGGCACCUACCAAACCCGGGACCAACUCACUUCCAAAUGGAGCCACAUCAACCGUAAAGUCCGAAAGUUUAUCGGAGUUUACGAGGAAUGCUCCCGGUCCUGGAGGAGCGGGACGAACGACGCCGAUGUUCUCCGGCUUGCCACGGCCCGGUAUCAAGACGACGGGCACCAAGGCAAGGUGCCCAUCGAUCUUUGGAGGAUUUUGAGCCGUUCCCCGAAGUGGCAACAACUCAACAAUCCCGACGGCGGAUCGUUCCGAAAAAGAUCCUCCGUCGACACCGAGGUUGAGGUCGACGAGACUAUCGGUUCGACCGAUCAAAUCCCUCCCUUCAAUGUUGCGGAUUCCGAUGACGAGGACCCCAUUCCACGGCCGAUCGGAAGAAAGAAGGCAAAAUCCAUUGCCUCGGGUUCGGGAGGGUCCGGCUCUGUUUCCGCUUCUUCCCGCGACGAAAUCGGCCGGGAAAUGGUUGAACAACUUCGGGCGUUCAAUCUCCGAGAACAAGAGAGUUUAAACUAAAGGAGAAGGAGUUGAAGCUAAAGGAGCAGGAGGCCGAGAUGAAAGUCAUGGAAACCGACCUUUCUACGUUGUCGAAGAUUGGACGAAUGCUCUACGAGCAAAGAAUAAAAGAGAUCAAGGAGAAAUAUAAUUUUCCUUAGUUUUUUUAUUAAUGUAUUUUUUUUAUUAUUGUCGCUUUUUUUUUAUUUAAUGAAUGUAUUUUUUAUUAUUCAUGUUUCAAUAUAAUUAAAUAAUAAAUUAAUUACAUUUUA